UUUGACAGCAGCUGUCACAGCUUUGCAGAGCGGAGAACAUUUACAGUUAAUGACACACUGACAGUCGCCGGUGCUCCCUGCUGUCUGCUCCCUGCUCCUCCUUCUCCCAGACAGCAGCAUGUUCCAGCUGGGGGAUGAGGUGAGCCUGUACUCGCUGGUGUUCGUGGUGCUGCUGCUGGGCUCCCGCAGCCCGCUGUGGAGCUCCGUGCUCACGGCCUCGCUCUACCUGUUCCUGGCCAUGUUCCGCUUCCCCCAGGUGAGCAGCGGCCGGGCCCGCCAGGUGCUGCAGCAGGUGGCGGUCAUCGCGCACCGCGGCGGCGGACACGACGCCCCCGAGAACACGCUGGCCGCCAUACGGGAGGCCAGCAAGAACGGAGCAUCUGGUGUGGAGUUGGAUCUUGAGUUCUCGGCCGACGGCAUCCCCAUACUGAUGCACGAUGAGACUGUGGACCGGACCACCAAUGGGUCAGGACCACUCACCCAGAUGAGAUUUUCUGAGUUAAGGAAACUGGAUGCAGCUGCUAAACAUCGACUCAGGGACAAGUUUUCUGGAGAGAAGAUCCCAACCCUGGAGGAGGCUGUGGAGGAAUGCAUCAAACUGCAGCUCAGCAUCUACUUUGAUGUCAAAGGUCAUCCAGAUGAGGCGUCCGCUGCUCUGAAAGACUUGUAUAAGAAAUAUCCAGUGCUGUACAACAGCAGCAUCGUCUGCUCCUUCGAGCCCAAAGUCAUCUACAGGAUGAGGCAGAGGGACCCCGACGUGGUCACGGCGUUGACCCACAGGCCAUGGAGCCUGAGUCGUUUUGGAGAUGGCUCCCCACGUUUCUCAUCGCUAUGGAAACAUCAUUGGAUGACGGUAAUGGACGUCUUGUUGGACUGGGCACACCAUCACGUAUUGUGGAGGCUCUGUGGCGUCUCGGCCUUCCUGAUACAGAAGAACUUCGUGUCACUGGACUACGUGCAGUACUGGGCUCAGAGGGGCGUGGAGGUUGUGGCCUGGACCAUCAACACAAAAGUGGAGAAAGAAUACUACCAGGAGCUGUUGCACAUCAACUACAUCACAGACAGCCUGGUGGAAGACUGUGAGCCUCAUUACUGAGAAACGGACACAUCCUCACUGUAGGGACAGAACCCAUAAAUGAAGGGAACUUGGGGUGUCUGUGGCGCUGAUGGUAGUGUCUUUUUUGUCCACCAUCUGAGGUGGUUCCAUCUCCAGCCCCUCCACAUGUUAAAGUGCCGUUGUUUAAGCAGGAUAUUGAACCCCGCAUUGCAUGUAAUAUGCUAAUUAGUUUGUGAUUGUAUGAAGACGCUGCAUUCUGUUUGUUGCACAGUAUAUAUAAGAAUAAUAACAAGUAGUGAAUGAGUGAUUUGGGGAAUACCUGAGAGAGUGCUGUAUAAAACCUACAUGAUGUUUCAAGGUGCUAUAAACGUCUGGAUCUUUUAGAGUUACACUCAGAAGUCAUUGUACAUAUGCGUCAUCUUCCCACGUAGCACAUCCUACUUGUUAGAUUAUUCAUGUGUGGAUGUCUGCAGAGGCAGUCAAAACAGGUUUGGUUGCAUUCUCAACUAACAUGAUUAGAGGUAAAGUAACAGCUCAUUAAAACACAAUUAUAUUAUGAAUUCGGUCGUGUGUGUGUGUGUAUGUAUGUAUGUAUGUGUGUGCGUGCGUGCGCAAGUUAAUUAAUCCAUUACAAUCCUGUAUCUAAUGUACUGUAUUCAACAACUCAGGACUUUAGUAUUUUUUUCACUGUCUUGUUAGUUGCUUCUGUUUUUCUUGUCUUUUGAGGCCUUUGCUCUGCACUGUGUGCUUUUUACUCGCUAAAGGUAAUUUGACGGAGAAAAACUACCUUAAUGUGAUUUUUAACGCUUGUAAAUGAUAAAUACUAAUUCACAGCUAAUGCAAACGUAUCACAUUUUUCAGAAAUCAAUAUUUAUUACCUGUGUAGUAUAGAAAAGGACUGAAACUCAAACAGUAUGUUUUUUUUAUCUUGCUUCCAUUCCAUGUUCUUCAUCGAGCUGCCAGUUUACUAUUGCAGAAAGCUAUUAGUGAAAGAAGUGCAGCAAAAAUAGUUGACUUUUAAAAGCAUUUUAAAAAUUGGUUGUGCAACAUGAAACAGUACGAUAAGAAUAAUCAAACUGAAAGGACAUUGUGGUGGUUAGUACUGUUUCCUAACUUAAAGGUCCGGGUUUACUCCAACCCCUCUCUCUGUGAGGAGUUUUCAUGUUCUCUCCGUCCUUGCGUGGUUUUCUCUGGUUAAUGUGUCUUCCUUGUACAGUCCAAAGAUAUACCUGCCAGCGAGAUGGGUGAUUCUGCAUUGUCCUGAGGAGUGAGUGGACUUGUCUGUGUGGUUCUGUGAUGGAUUGAUGGCCAGUCUUCUACCGUCGUCCUCUCACUCAGCUGUGAUCUCACUCUCUGUGAUACUAAGUAGAGUGGAAGGAGGUGUAGAAGACAAAUUGAUGGAUGCAUAGAUGGGAGUUUGACAGAAAAAUAUGUAAAUAUAAAAAGGAAAAGAAAAGACAAAAAUGUGUAAGUCAAAUGAAAAAAAUUGUAAAUAUACUUUGAAGAAAAUAAUAAAAAUAAUGAUAAACAUG